AUGAGCAGUGCCAGCCAGCUCAAUGCAGAGAUUCGUCGAAUCAUCCCCAGCCUCAGCUCGGAUAAGCACAAGGGCCAAGCAGGCCGGGUCGGUGUGAUCGGAGGCAGCAAAGAUUACACGGGCGCUCCUUAUUUCUCCUCUUACUCCGCCAUGCGCCUUGGUGCCGAUCUAGCACACGUGAUCUGUGAGCCAUCGGCGGGCAACGUCAUCAAGACAUACUCGCCUGACUUGAUCGUCCACCGGCUGCUUGCGCAAGAUGGAGAUCCGAAGGCGAUCGAAGAAGAGCUCAAAGCACUUUUGUCGCGCCUGCACAUCAUUGUUGUCGGUCCCGGGCUGGGCAGAGAGCAACACAUGCAAGACGCAGCACGAUCAGCGAUAGAACUCGCGCGAAAAGAUGCCAAAUAUGUCGUCAUCGAUGCAGAUGGCCUCUUCCUCGUGCAGAGCGAGCCAGAAGUCAUCAAAGGCUACAAACGCGCCAUACUGACGCCCAACGUCGUCGAGUUCGGACGACUAUGCUCCAAGAUGGGUAUCGAUCAAAAGGGUGAUCCGGACACACUGGCCAAGCAGCUCGCCAACGCCUUGGGCGGUCUGACGGUGCUGCAAAAGGGCGCGGUCGAUGUCAUAUCGAACGGCAAGGACGUUCUCAAGUGCGACGAGGCAGGCGGCCUCAAGCGAUGCGGCGGUCAGGGCGACGUGCUCAGCGGCACAGUUGGUACUUUCAUGGCUUGGGCGAAGACGUACGAAGAGGGUCAGGAAGAUGAUGGCGCCGAGCGAAUACCGACAGAGAGGCUGCCCCUCCUGGCUGCAUUUGCGGGCGCGACGAUCACGCGAACAUGCUCUCAUCGAGCGUUCGAUCGAACAGGGCGAGCCAUGCAGACGAGCGAUCUGCUCGAAGAGGUGGGUAAGGCCUAUGUCCAACAUUUCGGCUGA